AUGGCAAAUGAAGAACUUGCAGAUUUUACCCCCAUACACGGUACAGACUUACUUACUGAAAUUCGAAAAGAUAUUGAAGAGACAAAAGGAUUGACUGACGAUGAUCGUACGAAUUGCAUGAAGAUUUGCCAACAAGUGGAAGAUGAACACAAACGACUGAAAAUCCAAUUUCUCAACAAAGCACUGUUUUUGAUCGAAGAGGCGUUGCAAACAUCGGAUCCACAAAAAAUUGUCCAAAUUCGUGAAGCAUGGGCACUGGCCUUUGAAAACCUAGUAGGACAAUGUAAAGUUAUCGCUGGUCCAUUGACUGAAAUGCUCGGCGUGUUGUCUCAGAGUGAUCAAGGAAUGAAAACAAAAUAUGCUUGUAUUAUAACCGGCAGUGUUGCUUCAUCACUUCUGGUUGGAAUUACUAUCGGAUUGGUUAUUGUUCAUUGCCAUCCAGGUUCCUUCCCACAAUUGGGAAUCGAGAGCAUUUUAGCAGUUUCUCUUGCUCCAUUGCUCGCUGUUGCGUUUGCUACGCACUGUUUUAUUCGGAAAAUUAUGUCAAUCGAUGUGUAUACGGCUCCUCGAAGACUUUUUGAUUUUGGUCGCUCGACUUUAGCCAAAUCGUUUCCGAAUUAUUUUGAGAAUCCAACGCAUGAACCAUCCGGAUCGGAAAUCGCAACGAUAAUUAAGAACUCAAUCGAUACACUCAAUAUAAAUGAAGAACUCUGGCAAGAUCAUCAGGCACUUGAAUCAAUGAAAAACUCGAUUCGACAUGAACUUGCACGUUUACAAAAAUCAGAAGACUAA